AUGGAGAGCGUCGAGUCCGAUCAGACCCCUUUCGCAGCCGUUACGGCCCAGACUUCUAAGCUCCAGAGGCAAUAUCAAGCCCUAUUAGAUCGAUCAACGCCAUUUGUCCUGCAACGAUGGAUUGGCACAGGUGCAUUUCUAGGCAUCUUCUUUCUUCGUAUCGUCUUCGCACAAGGCUGGUACAUCGUGGCAUAUGCUCUCGGUAUUUACCUUCUUAAUCUUUUCUUGGCUUUCCUCCAGCCCAAGUUCGACCCUUCCAACGAGCUCCUAGACAAUGAGAUGGAAGAUGGAUCAGCUGGUGGCCUGCCCACAAAGCAGGACGAGGAAUUCCGACCAUUCAUUCGACGACUGCCCGAGUUUAAGUUCUGGCAUGAGGCCACCCGUGCUGUGACUAUCGCUUUCACGUGCAGUUGGUUCGAGAUCUUCGAUGUUCCCGUCUUCUGGCCUGUGUUGGUUAUGUAUUGGAUCAUCCUCUUCGUCCUUACUAUGCGCAAGCAAAUCCAGCAUAUGAUUAAGUACCGAUAUGUUCCAUUCUCAUUCGGCAAGGCGAAGUACGGUAAGACCAGUACUUCAUAA